CCUCUCGGCUCUAGAUUAGCGAAACUGGCGACGUGGGAUAUUCGCCGGCUCGGCCUCUGCUCCUGCCUCGCCCGCCGAGGUGAAGCUGGGACUGGGAGCCGGCCGCCGCAGCGUCUCCGUGGGCCAGACGCAGAGGGCCGCGGCGCUGUCCUGGACAGCUCCACCAGCGUGGUGAGGUGAGGGGCGGCGGCGGGAAGCUCCCGGCGGGCGGUUGGGCGGUGGGGCCAUGGCGCUGCGGGCCCGGGCGCUGUACAACUUCAGAUCAGAGAACCCGGGGGAAAUCUCGCUGCGGGAGCACGAGGUGCUGAGCCUCUGCAGUGAGCAGGACAUCGAGGGUUGGCUGGAGGGUAUCAACAGCCACGGCGACCGCGGUCUCUUCCCGGCCUCCUACGUGCAGGUGAUCCGCGCCGCCGAGACGCCGCCACCCACCCGUUACGCCAACCUGCCUGCCGGCGGUUUAGAGCCGCUGCUGCCCCCCGCCGCCUUCAAGCCGGCAACACUAGAGGCCCCGCCGGCGGCGGCGCCUGAGCCCUUCUUGCUGUCCCCCGCCGCCGCCGCCGGAUACCCUUUCCUGCCGUCGCCCUACGACGGCUCCUACCAGCUCAGCCAGGGCAGCGAUGACGACUGGGACGAUGACUGGGACGAAAGCUCCACGGUGGCCGAUGAGCCAGGCUCCCUGAGCAGCUCCUACCCCAUCUACGAGACGGAGGGCAGACGGGCCUCUGGCCACUACUGCCUAUCCAUGCAGUCUGAGACCCUUAGCUCCCGCAGUGGCCACUUGGCAGGCCACCUGCACCCGCCCAGCAGCAGCACCAAGAGUUUGGCCACGGUAAGCCGCAACCUCAACCGCUUCUCAAUCUUUGUCAAGUCCGGUGGUGAGGCCUUCGUGCUGGGCGAGGUAUCAGGCUUUGUGAAGGACGGGGACAAGCUGUGCGUGGUGCUGGGCCCCCAGGGCCCUGAGUGGCAGGAGAACCCCUACCCUUUCCAGUGCUCCAUCGAGGACCCCACCAAACAGACUAAAUUCAAGGGCAUGAAGAGUUACAUCGCCUACAAGCUGGUCUCCAGCCACACUGGGCAGCAGGUGCACCGCCGCUACAAGCAGUUUGACUGGCUCUAUGGGCGCCUGGCUGAGAAGUUCCCUGUCAUCUCUGUGCCCCACUUGCCAGAGAAGCAGGCCACUGGCCGCUUUGAGGAGGACUUCAUCUCCAAACGUCGCAAAGGCCUGGCCUGGUGGAUGGACCACAUGUGCAGCCACCCUGUGCUGGCUCAGUGUGAUGCCUUCCAGCACUUCCUCACCUGUCCCAGCACGGAUGAAAAGACCUGGAAACAAGGCAAGCGCAAGGCUGAGAAGGAUGAGAUGGUGGGUGCCAACUUUUUCCUGACCAUCAGUGUCCCUGCUGGCUCUGGGGCUGGCCUGGACUUGCAUGAAGUAGAAAGUCAGGUGGAUGGCUUCAAAGCCUUCAUGAAGAAGAUGGAUGAAAGUGCCCUGCAGCUUAAUCACACAGCCAAUGAAUUUGCUCGGAAACAAGUCACUGGUUUUAAGAAGGAAUACCAGAAGGUGGGACACUCCUUUAAGUGUCUCAGUCAGGCAUUUGAGCUGGACCAGCAGGCCUUUUCGGCUGGCCUCAACCAAGCCAUAGCCUUCACUGCAGAAGCCUAUGAAGCCAUCGGGGGCCUCUUUGCAGAUCAGCCCCGGCAGGACCUCGAUGCUGUGAUGGAUUUGUUAGCACUGUAUCAGGGGCAUUUGGCCAACUUCCCAGAUAUCAUCCACGUCCAGAAAGGAGCCCUUACCAAAGUAAAGGAGAGCAAGCGACAUGUGGAAGAGGGGAAGAUGGAACUCCCAAAAGCUGAGGGCAUUCAAGAAUGCUGUAACAUUAUUUCUUUUGCAACCCUAGCAGAAAUUAAUCAUUUCCACAAAAUUCGUGUGAGGGACUUUAAAUUACAGAUGCAGCAUUUCUUGCAGCAGCAAAUACUCUUUUUCCAAAAAGUGACACAAAAGCUAGAGGAAGCUCUUCACAAGUAUGACAGUGUUUAAUCUCUGAACUUUGAUUUGUGGACUUUGCUCCGUAUGAAUGUGACUCAACAAGCAGAGUAAACAUUGCUGCUGCUGAAAAACUGUUGCCAGUGGUAGAUUGUUUCACAAGGGUGGUUUUGUGUUCACCUGGAAUCUUCAUUUAGUCUCUGAUUAUGUAGAAAGGAAACAGUUAUAGGGCUACGUAGUAGAAACAGUAUCACAUAUUGUAAUCAAGUUAUACUGUGUAUGCCUAUACUACCAUAGUAACUUUUUAAAAAUAAUGAGUAUACUAUUUGCCUUAUUACUUUCUGAAAUAUGGUAUCUUAGUGCAUACUUUGUAGACCUCAAAAUCAUUUGAAUCUUUAAAGAAGUUGACUCGCUAAAAGCCGGCUUCAAAUGCCUUUUUACUUUCCUAGAUUUGGAUUUCUUAUAUUAAAGUGAUUCUUUGUUUACAGAUUCCUAGUAGAGCAGCCACAUGAUUCUGUGCCUUUAGACUCUAUUUUUCCUUUUCUGAUAAGUCACAUUUUUAUGACUGAAUGAAUGAAGGAUUGAUGCCCAUUACAGGAACUGAUUAUUGACUGGAAAAAAAUCAGCUCCCAUCCAGUUUGCACAGCAAGGACUGUCUUAUGACAAAUGUUAUCUCAAAAAGAAGAACUUAAAUGUAUUCGCACUUCCCCUGAAAAUGGCAACUACUUGUUACAUGGACUACUGUUGUCCUAAAACAGGUUCUAUCACCUGGUGUGCAAGAAGCCAAUCCACACACAGUUGAGGUAUUUGAUUUAUUCACAGUUCUGUACAGAAAGGGGCACCGGAUGGCAAAUCCACAAAGCCAGCAGCAUGACUAUCAAAAUUUUUCACUUUUAUUCAUUUUAGCAUACAAAGGCACCAGUGUUCAUUCACAAAAAGCUACAUAGUUUUCUCAUUAAUUUUUAUUCUUCUUUCUAUUGGUUAAAUUAUUCUCUUAUUUCUAAUGCUAAUUAGUCUGUAUGUUCAAUCUUCUUUUGAGUUGGUGGGUUUCUUGGGUUGGUGGUGGUGAGUCGCGAUCUCCCUCUGCCAGAAUUACCUUCUACCCAAAUUAGCACUUUAUAUUGAUGGUUGGCCUUGUUUGUUUCUUCUUCUGGCCUUGGUUGUUUCACCAAGCGUCCUUGGUUAGCUGAUUUCCGCAUUCUGUUAUGUCUGGUUUCACUUGAUAUAUUACUUCAAGUGUGGUGGUGUUCGCAGGGGUCCCAGGAUGAGGGAAGAGAUGAGAAUCUUGACUCCAUGUUUCAGAAGGCUGAUUUAUUAUUUUAUUAUAUAUAUUAUAUUAAAAGAAAAUGCUAUAUUAAAACUAUACUAAAAGAUUGAAGAAAGGAUUUCAUCAGAAAAUUAGCAAAGGAAAGGAAUGGAAUGAUAAUAAAAUCUUGUGACUGACCAGAGAGUCCAAGACAGCUGGACUGUGAUUGGCCAUUAAUUAAAAACAACCACAUGAGACCAAUCAAAGAUGCACCUGUUGCAUUCCACAGCAGCAGAUAAUUAUUGUUUACAUUUUGUUUCUGAGGCCUCUCAGCUUCUCAGGAGAAAAGAUCCUAGCAAAAGGAUUUUUCAUAAAAUAUGUCUGUGACACUUCAAGUUUCUUUUUUUCUAUUCUUUCUCUAUAGCUGCAGUUACUGAAGCUUAUUAAAGCUGCAAUUACUGAGAUGUUAAACCUAAUUUAUCUAUUUGGAAGCCCAGUGGUAUAUCACUAGGAAGUUAAGCACAUAUACAAAAAAACACCACUAAAUCCCCUUUCCGAAAUGAAUAUUACAGUGAGGUUGUUUUGGGGGGGGGUUGUAUAAAAUAUUACUGUGAGUGUAAAUUUAAAGAGCUAACAUAAUAAAAAUGAAAUUUAAAUUUAUUAAGAUGAUAUGAAUACAAGUGGUAUGGCUUGAACAUUUUUUAUUUUUGAACUGAUCUGGUCCUUGUUGAUUGUGUAUUUAGUUUAUCUUCAGACUUCCAUCUCCAUUUCCAGUUGUCUGAUUUGAGACUCCACUGUGAUUCAUUAGUUUGCUAGUUACGAAUUUUCAGGUAUGUUCAGUAAUAUAAAUGAUCUGAAAUAAGUUUUGGCUGGACUGACUUGGAAAACAGGUUACAUUUUUAUAUUUAUAACACUUGAGAAUUAACAGUUGUCUUAAUUUUUGUAUAAAUAUUUUUGACAAGCAGGGUGCAUUUAUAUAUAUAUGUAAAUAUCGUUUAAAGAGUUUUCUGGAUUAUUUCCCUUGAAUGAAGUCUGAAGUCUGUGUUUAUAACCUAUUGGUUUUCUUCAUAUAGGUCAGUAUGAAAGAGGGUUUUUAUUUAUCAUAUCUUUUUCCUCCUAAACAAAAAUAACAAAACGUUCCAAGGAAGCAAAAUGUUUAAUUUUUUUUUUUUUGCUUUAAUUAAAUUAAUCAGAGUUAGAUUAACCACCUGAAAGCCUGGAAAAGGAAGUGAAGCAAUAGUUGCAUUCAAGUGCAAACCAUUCCUUACCUAUGCAGAAGAAAUGUACUGUUCUUUUGCUCAAUCAUGAGUUUCUGUAGCUUAAUCUCACAUCUCUGUUUUAGAGGAAUAAAUGUAGUAAUGUAGUUUUGGUUUUGAUUCAUCCCCAGAAGCUUGGAGAUUGUCAUUUUGAUCACGUUUUAUUUGGCAGUGCUGCUAUUAUGUACUCAAAGAAGUAAAAUACAGAAUAACUUCAUUUCCAAAUUAUUAAAAGAGUGCUGCAAACAAGGUUGACAAUAUAAGGACCAUAGUCAUAGGGCUGACUUGCUCUUUAUCAUCCUCAUGGUGUUUUGUUCUACAUUCAAAACUCACCAUUUCCCAUAAUGCCACUUCUCAGCAGUACUCCAACUUCCAUUAUGGUGUUCAAUUAUAUGAGAUAGUGAUGAGCUAGGUUUGAGCUGAGUUCCAUGGCUUGUAUUUGCUUAAGCCAGAUAUUGUCUUAUUAAAUGUCUUUGCAAUAAUUAGAUCAAACUACAAUCAAAUUAAUUCUACAUGGAGAUAUUAAGAUCUGUUCAAAAAUUGAUCUUGUUCCAGUUUAAAUAUUCUAGGAGGUUAGUAUUAAUGACAUAUACACGUCCAGGGAAAAAUUAGGCUGCAAUAUGUAUACAUAAAACAUUAUCAGAUAUGUAGAGUUUUCCCAAAUAAACUGUCAUGGCCUUCACUUUACCUUCUCAUUUGUGAGUCUGUGAGAUGGGGGAUGUGUCUUAGGUUGGAAACGCAAGAUAUGGCUGGGGGGGGUGUAUUCUAUUGCCAUCUGUUAGAGGUGGGGCAGUUAUCUUCUGUUAAUUGGGCCACCUGUUAUAACCAGGUGGGGCAGUUUUCUUUAUCUCUUCCACAACCAAUCCUCCCUCCGGAAAAUAUCUUCUGUUAAUGGGCCAUUGAGUCUCACUGCAUGACUGAUAAAAUUACAUCAUCCCAUUGUGAGAUGCUCUGUCCAGCGGGAGGAGCCAAGCAUUCCUACCUGGAUAUAAUCUGAGAUUUAGAACACCAGAUCAACCUAUUCCACUGGAUUCCCAGAGAAGCAGCAUUCUUUUCUACUGGAUUCUCAGUGGAAGACCAGGACCAUCUACACUACCACUGGACCUUCAGAGGAAAACUACACCCUUUUCAAGAUCACUGCUUCAACAGAACCACAUCUGUCACUCCAGGAGGACUGCAACCACCAUUUAAUCAGACUGCUACAAAACCAACAGGGUGUCAGGUCGUAUUCUGACUCUGUCAGUGUUGUUUUGUAUUAUUGCAUUUUUUUUUUUUUUCCCUAAUAAAGAACUGUUAUUCCUAUUCCCA